AUGAGCUCCAACUCCACAAAGUACACUUUUCGUAGUAAACAGAAGCCCGCAAACCAAAACAAAGAAGCUCUAGCAGUCAAUGUGGAUGCAAAGAACAACCAUAUAAACUCAAACGUGUCGGAAGAAGCAUUACAGAGGCGUAAGCUUCGGUUCCAGGCACAACCACAAACGAAAGAUUAUGGAUUUGUCAGUCGAGGGGAGACAAGACUCAAAGAAAGCGAGUCGGAGCGCCGCAAGUACUUUGACACGAUUGUUCUGUCGUUCUUUAAGCUUUGUGACGAAGCUACAAGAAUUGAGGUGCGAGAAAGAAUUGACGUGGACUCCAUACAUUCCAGUGACGGAGACAUGACGAUGGAUGGUGUUUUGACGUCGCUUCGCAAGCUACGAGAGGCAAUCUUGGGCACGAAACCUUCAUCUUUUUCGAAAAAAGUGCUUCUUUUCUCUGUUCGAGUAGCAGUUCCUCUCGGCCAUUAUCAAACGUAUGUUCCCAGUAUCACUCAAUUACUUGCCCCGGGGGUCGAUCUUCGCCCAGACGAGCGCCAGGAGCUAGUGGUGCUCCUUCUGCUCCAUUGGUCUCAUUUCAGCAACGAGAACUCGAGGGCACUUCUGCUUCUCAUCCGAGGGUGCCCAGAAGAUACUCGCACUCGACCACUUCUCCAAAGCUGGAUAGGAAACGAUUAUCAUCGGUGGUUGAAUUUGUACAAGGUGGAAGAGGACAACCUGCGGGCCAGGAUCAUGAAAUUCGGCCUCCCGAAAGUUUUGCAGCACAUGGUGAAUGCCGUCAAUGUUUCCUACUUUAAUCUUUCGCUCUCGUUUCUACAAGAUUACUUACCUCAGGAUAUCCUGCUCCAAGAUUUAGAAGUGUAUGGAGCUCGAUGGCUGGUGGAAGGCGACAACGUAGUGAUAAGAGCUCGAAAAGUUGCAAAGGCAGCCUGA